AUGACGUCGUUUUGUGGCGCGGCGAGCUUCCAGAUUCCGGUGAUCAGCGGCGGCGUACACCGCAACGGCACUUUAUUGAGCACCGGAAGAGAGUUUUUGUCAGUUACCGGCGGCAUAUCCUUCUGCAAUACAUUGAAGCGGUCUUUGUCGUUCACAUGCUUGAGCGUUUCUUCUGAUGCUAGAAUUGGAGUUAAAGAAGCUGUUGAAACGGAAAAAGCACCUGCAGCAUUGGGACCAUAUUCCCAAGCAAACAAAGUCAAUAACCUUCUUUUUGUAUCCGGUGUUCUUGGCCUUAUUCCUGAGACAGGGAAGUUCGUCUCUGAUAAUGUUGAUGAUCAAACUGAACAGCUUCUCAAAAACAUGGGGGAAAUCCUUAAAGCAGGUGGUGCAGGCUACUCAUCAGUUGUUAAAACCACGAUUCUGUUAGCUGACUUGAAGGACUUUAAGACAGUCAACGAGAUUUAUGCGAAAUAUUUCCCUGCACCUUUUCCAGCUCGUGCGACUUAUCAAGUUGCUGCAUUGCCAUUGGACGCCAAGAUUGAAAUCGAGUGCAUUGCGGCACUUUAA